AUGUCGAGCACAAACUUCCUCGAUUUCCAGUAUAACCUCUCGAAACGGAAGUUUCUGCGAAAACCAUCACAUGUAUGUUCCUUCCGAGACAGGCAAAACUCUGGCUUAUUGCCUUCUUUUGAGCCAAAUCCCAAUGAAAUGAAGAUAGUGUUUGAUAAAUUUGACUCCAACAAAGAUGGGAAGAUAUCUCAGCAGGAGUACAAGGCCAUCUUGAGAGCACUAGGAAAGGGAAAGACGGUUGGAGAAGUCCCCAAGAUUUUUAGGAUUGCCGAUUUGGACGGGGACGGGUUUAUUAAUUUCAAGGAGUUCAUGGAAGUACACAAGAAGGGAGGCGGGAUUCGAACGAUGGACAUUCAGAAUGCUUUUCGGACGUUUGAUUUGAACGGCGAUGGAAAAAUAAGUGCUGAAGAAGUCAUGGAAGUGCUGGGGAGGUUGGGGGAGAGUUGCAGCCUUGAAGACUGCCAGAGAAUGGUACGGGCAGUAGACACUGAUGGGGAUGGCGUGGUUGACAUAGAUGAGUUCAUGGCCAUGAUGACUCGGUCCAUGAAAACAUGCUUAAAGAAUUAG